CGCAGUGCUCGGGCAGGUCAGCGCUCCAUGUUGCGGCGCUGCGUGGCACUGACUGGGGGCAGCACCACCACCACCACCUCCUCCACCACCGCCUCGGCUGACUGCACCACACACACACACACACUCUCUCACACACACACACGUUGUGAAUGGCCGCGACACUCGGCACAUUCGGCGGGCGACACGCAGCCGUCGCUCCGGCCACCGCGACCUGCUGCAGCCGCAGACGGAGCCUGCGCCUCGUUGUGAAGGUUUAAACCCCGCGAGUGUCGCAUCUGUGCGCGUGUGACCGGACGCCUCCUGCCGCUGUGAUCGGUGCAUUUUAUUCCUUUUUUUCACCCCCCGAGCUCUUUGGGACGCGGCUGGGAGAAACGUGCGGCAGAGCGGGUCGCUGCGUCCGGACCGAGGAGGCGCACGGAGCUGCGGAGGAGGAGGAGGAGGAGGAGGCUGUGACAGGCACAACAACAAAGGUUCAAGUGUGACAGGAAAAAAAAGAGAAACUGUCUGGUGUCCCCUCUGGAGAGGGAUCGGGACCGUGGUUCAGCGCAGAGAAAUGUAGCGCCUCGCUGCCCCUCAAAGCCGGAUUUGGAGACCUGCCUGCAGUCUACUCAUGAUUUUCCUGUAGUCUGGUCCGCGGGCAUCUGCUGCAGUGAUGUUCAGGAACAGCUUGAAGAUGCUGCUGACGGGCGGCAAGGCCAACCGCAAGAGUCGCAGCAGCGAUGGUGGGAGCGAGGACCUGGCAGACGCCCGCUCGCCCGGUCUAGACCCUCACCUGAGCCACGCCGGCCAAGGUGGCAGCAUAGACAGCGACUGCGCCUUCGAGGGAGACUACGCCGUGCCCCCGCUCUCCAUGACCGAGGGCAUGCAGCACAUUCGCAUAAUGGAGGGCGUGUCGCGCUCGCUGCCCUCCUCCCCGCUGCUCACCCACCAGACCAUCAGUGUCCAGCUGCAGCCUGUGAAGAAGCUCACAGCCCCUCUGCGGAAAGCAAAGUUUGUGGAGAGCCCUCGCAUUCCACAAUCAGAGCUUGGCCCCCCUACACACACCUCCACCACUGCCAAGAAUCCAGACCUGGACACAUACUGCCCUGGGGAGUCAAGCCAGGAGCUGGGCCCCCCUCCGACGGUGGAUGAGGCAGCCAACACAUUGAUGACGCGCCUGGGUUUCCUUCUGGGAGACAAAGUGAGCGAGGGGCCAGCCGGCACCCAGUACAGCAUGGAGGAACCCGAGGCGCGACAGGGCCAGAACCAGAGGAUCAGCCCGUGCUCCACCCUGACCAGCAGCACUGCCUCCCCGCCUGCAGGCAGCCCCUGCUCCACCCUCCCCCCUGCCAUGCCAGGCCAGGCCGGCAACAGGGACUGCGCCUACGGUUCCGUCACCAGUCCCACCUCGACGCUGGAGAGCAGGGACAGCGGGAUUAUCGCCACUCUGACCAGCUAUUCCGAGAACAUGGAGCGAGGCGGCAAAUACGGCGAGGGCUCCCGGGCAAACCUCAAACUGUGGCAGUCCCAGAAAUCAGGCAUGGACUCGUUCCUGUACAGGGUGGAUGAAAACAUGACAGCCUCCACCUACAGCCUCAACAAAAUCCCCGAGCGCAACCUGGAGAGCAUGUCCUCCCACUCCGCCCACUCCAUCCCUCUGUACCUCAUGCCCCGCCCUAACUCUGUGGCCGCGACCAGUUCCGCCCACCUGGAGGACCUGGCCUACCUGGACGAGCAGAGGCACACUCCGCUACGCACCUCGCUGCGCAUGCCCAGGCAGAGCACCACCUGCGGGGCGGGUCGCUCCGGGCCGGACCUGCGAGCUUCCGCAAAUAACACCCAUGCCUGGCAAUCCCAGUCACUGCGCUUCGCGCCCUACCGGCCGCAGGACAUCGCCCUCAAGCCGCUGCUCUUCGAGGUGCCCAGCAUCACCAUGGACUCGGUGUUCACGGGCCGCGAGUGGCUCUUCCAGGAGAUCGACGCCCACCUCAACAGCCCCAACGCCGGCACCAACCGCGGCGUGGUCGUGGUCGGCAACAUCGGCUUCGGCAAGACGGCGAUCAUCUCGCGCCUGGUGGCGCUCAGCUGCCACGGCACGCGCAUGAGGCAGAUCGCCUCCGACAGCCCGCAGGCCUCGCCCAAACAUGGAGAGGGGCUCCCUCUCACCCAGCCCCAGCCCACGCACGGCACCCUGGGAGGAGGCAGCUGUCCAGGGACCCCGGAGAUGAGGCGACGUCAGGAAGAGGCCAUGAGGAGGCUGGCGUCUCAGGUGGUGGCGUACCACUACUGCCAGGCGGACAACGCCUACACCUGCCUGGUGCCGGAGUUCGUGCACAACGUGGCGGCGCUGCUGUGCCGCUCGCCGCACCUCGUCGCCUACAGGGAGCAGCUGCUGCGGGAGCCGCACAUGCAGAGCGUCCUGAGCCUGCGCUCCUGCGUCCAGGACCCGCUGGCCUCCUUCAGGAGGGGGGUCCUCGAGCCCCUGGACGCGCUUUACAAAGAGAGGAAGAUCAGCUCCGAGGAGGACCUCAUCAUCCUCAUCGACGGGCUGAACGAGGCGGAGUUCCACAAGCCGGACUACGGCGACACCAUCGUGUCCUUCCUCACCAAAACCAUCAACAAGUUCCCUCCGUGGCUCAAACUGGUGGUGACAGUCAGAACCACGUUACAGGAGAUCAGCAACGCGCUGCCGUUCCACCGCAUCUCGCUGGACGGCCUGGAGGAGAACGACGCCAUCGACCAGGACCUGCAGGGCUACAUCCUGCACCGCAUCCACAGCAGCCCGGAGAUCCAGAACAACAUCUCGCUCAACGGCAAGAUGGACAACACCACCUUCGGCAAGCUCAGCGCCCACCUCAAGGCCCUGAGCCAGGGCUCCUACCUGUACCUCAAACUCACCUUUGACCUCAUCGAGAAGGGCUACCUUGUGCUCAAAAGCUCCAGCUACAAGGUGGUUCCGGUCAACCUGGCCGAGGUUUACCUGCUGCAGUGCAACAUGCGCUUCCCCACGCAGUCGUCCUUCGAGCGGGCGCUGCCGCUGCUCAACGUGGCCGUGGCCUCGCUGCAUCCGCUGACCGACGAGCAGAUAUAUCAGGCCAUCAACUCCGGCUCGCUGCAGGGCACGCUGGACUGGGAGGACUUCCAGCAGCGCGUGGACAACCUGUCGGUCUUCCUGGUGAAGAGGAGGGACGGCACCCGGAUGUUCGUGCACCCCUCCUUCAGGGAGUGGCUGAUCUGGAGGGAGGAGGGAGAGAAGACCAAGUUCCUCUGCGAUCCGAGGAGCGGUCACACCCUGCUCGCCUUCUGGUUCUCUCGGCUGGAGACCAAGCUGAAUCGGCAGCAGACCAUCGAACUGGGACAUCACAUCCUCAAAGCACAUAUCUUCAAGGGUCUCAGCAAGAAAGUUGGGGUUUCCUCAUCCAUCUUGCAGGGCCUGUGGGUAUCGUACAGCACCGAGGGCCUUUCGGCUGCGCUCUCUUCACUCCGAAACCUCUACACUCCCAACAUCAAGGUGAGCCGGCUACUGAUGAUGGGUGGCGCCAAUGUGAACUACCGCACGGAGGUGCUGAACAACGCCCCCGUCCUGUGCGUCCACGCCCACCUGGGCUACAUGGACAUGGUGGCUCUGCUGCUCGAGUUCGGCGCCUCUGUCGACGCCCUGUCCGAAAGCGGCCUAACGCCACUGGGCUACGCCGCCGCCGGGGGACACAUGGCCAUCGUGGCCGCGCUCUGCCGCAGGAGAGCGAAGGUCGACCACUUGGAUAAGAACGGCCAGUGCGCGCUGGUGCACGCGGCCCUGAGGGGCCACAUGGAGGUGGUGAAGUUCCUCAUCCAGAGUGACUGGGGCAUGGGGCCACACCAGCAGCAACAACAACCGUCAGCGCAGAGCCAACAGCAAGCGGCCUUCACCAAGAGCCACGCGGUGCAGCAGGCCCUCAUCGCUGCAGCCAGUAUGGGAUACACAGAGAUCGUGUCCUACCUGCUGGACCUGCCGGAGAAAGACGAAGAGGAGGUGGAGCGCGCUCAGAUCAAUAACUUUGACACCCUGUGGGGGGAGACAGCUCUGACUGCAGCGUCGGGUCGGGGGAAGCUGGAGGUCUGUCGUCUGUUACUGGAACAGGGUGCAGCCGUGGCCCAGCCCAACAGACGCGGCAUCGUCCCGCUGUUCAGCGCCGUUCGACAGGGACACUGGCAGAUCGUCGACCUCCUCAUCACGCACGGAGCCGAUGUCAACCUGGCUGACAAGCAGGGUCGAAGCCCUCUGAUGAUGGCCGCCUCCGAGGGACACUUGGGGACUGUGGAGUUCUUACUCGGUCAAGGAGCGUCUCUGUCCCUGAUGGACAAGGAGGGUCUGACCGCUCUGAGCUGGGCGUGUCUGAAGGGCCACCUGCCCGUCGUCCGCUGCCUGGUGGAGAGCGGCGCCGCCACCGACCACGCAGACAAGAACGGACGCACGCCCCUCGACCUGGCGGCUUUCUACGGCGACUCGGAAGUGGUGCAGUUCCUGGUCGACCACGGGGCCAUGAUCGAGCACGUAGACUACAGCGGCAUGCGUCCCCUCGACAGGGCGGUGGGCUGCAGGAACACGUCGGUGGUGGUCGCCCUGCUCAAGAAAGGAGCCAAGAUAGGAUGUCAGACGCUGCCCAGUCGGCCCCGAGGUCCAGCCACAUGGGCCAUGGCCACCUCCAAACCCGACAUCAUGAUCAUCCUUCUCAGCAAACUCAUCGAGGAGGGGGACAGCUUCUACAAGAAGGGGAAGGUGAAGGAGGCGGCGCAGCGUUAUCAGUACGCCCUCAAAAAGUUUCCACGCGAAGGCUUCAGCGAGGACCUCAAGACGUUCAGGGAACUCAAAGUGUCGAUCUUCCUCAACCUGUCCCGAUGUCGGAGGAAAAUGAACGACUUUGGGAUGGCUGAGGAAUUUGCUACGAAGGCGCUUGAACUGAAACCAAAAGCGUACGAGGCGUACUACGCCAGGGCGCGCGCCAAGCGUAGCAGCAGACAAUUCACUGAAGCCCUGGAGGACUUGAACGAAGCCCUGACGCAGUGCCCCAACAACCGGGAGAUCCAGCGGCUGCUCCAGAGGGUGGAGGAGGAGUGUCAGCAGCUCGACCAGGAGGACGACCACCACCACCGCCAGCAGCAGCAGGACCUGGAGCUGGAGCCUCCUCCCUCCCCUCCUCCUACGCCUCCCCCGGAAGAAGAGGAGUCCCUGUCCCUGUCCCUGUCCAUGCCGCUGCCCCCUCCCCCGGAACCCCGGCUGGAGGACAUGGAGCCCGUCCAGGACCUGUUCGAGGACGAGGACUACCUGGAGCAGGAGCUGGAGGCCAUGUCCAUGGGUCUGCCCCCGCCGGAUUCCCACAACAACUCCUCCAGCCUUCCCAUCAUCCACAGCCCACCGCUCUCCCCAACGCAUCCAGAUCAGAUCUAUUUGACCGGAGGUUCACCCAUGUGCCAGCCCUACGAAUAUCACCCCACCUCGUCCUCCAUGUCCUCUCCAACCCGCGGCACGUACCAGCCCACGUCGCCCUCUUUGUCCCCGACACAUCAGAACUCCCACUACCGACACAGCCCGCCUCACACCUCCCCCGUGCAUCAGCCAUCCUACCGCUUCAGCCCGCCUCCUAUGGGUACCGGGGGCCAGGGAAUGGAUCACCAAAGCCCACCGCCUUCCCCUCUACGCCGGGCUGCUCAGUACAGAGCCAGUCCGCCAGUGGAGAGUGUUUGCCUGUACAGGUCCCAGUCCGGAUCGCCUGUGCGCUACCAGACAGAGCAGCUGCCCGGCCGGCCCAAAUCUCCCCUCUCCAAGAUGAGCAGCCAGCGCUCAUUCCAACUGAGCUCCCAGCCCUCGCUGUCGUCCCAGCACCACCAGGCCCAGGGCCUUCGUCUUCAGCCUUCUAUAGCCCAGAUAGUGCGCACAAACCAGCCUAGCAAUGUGAUGGGCAACAGCUACAGCGGCCAGAUGGGCCACUCCAUCGGCGGACGCUACCAGGGGGGUUCAGUGGAUGUGGAGAGCCGGCUGGUGUACCAGCCCUCCCUGGACGGACGGUCCAUGUCCCAGGUCCAGGCCAGCCUCAGCUCUGGGGCCCUCUGUCAGCACGGCGGCCGAGGAGGGGUUAUGGAGUCGGGCCUGUUGAAGGAUGAGCUACCCCAGCGCCCCUCCUCUGCCUACCGCGCCAGCAGCGGGGGCCCAGGGGGCAUGCGUUACAGCCAGACACCUCAGAUUAGCCGCAGCCAGUCAGCCGCCUACUACCCGGUCUCAGAACAUGUGCUGGAGCGCGCAAACGCCAUGCCCCCCUGCCAGCUGGGCUCCCCCGAGAUCCCCCACAUGGUGAGACGCCCCGUCAGUGCCAAUACUACUGAGCUGAAGCAGCACGUGCCCACCCCCAGGCCUCUCAUCCAUUCUCAGAGCGUAGGACUUCGAUUCUCCCCGUCCAGCAACAACAUCUCCACUGGAUCCACCUCGAACUUGGCGCCGGGCUUCAGGCCGUCCUCUUCCAUCCAGCAGAUGGAGAUCCCCCUGCAGGCCACGUAUGAGCGCACCUGCGACGACAUGUCUCCCAUCUCCCCCUCGCAGGGCGGCGGGGGGCUGUACCAGGGCGAGGCCACCCGCUCUCGGAACACGCCCUUCAUGGGCAUCAUAGACAAGACGGCGCGGACUCAGCAGUACCUGCAUCAGCCCUCGCGGUCCCGGGCCAUGACGUCCAUGGACUCGGCGAUCAGCCCCACCUCGCCCGGCCAGCUGGUCCAGCAGGGCUCCACGUACAGCCCCCCCGCCUCGCUGGGCAACAUCGCCUACUACAACAAGACGAACAACGCCCAGAACGGACACCUGCUGGAGGAGGACUACUACGCCCAGACGCAGUCCCCCUCCCUGGGCAAACUGGCCAACGGCUCGCGCGGCAGCGGGGACAUCCUGGAGCGGGUCAGCCAGGUGCCCACCUACCCGGACGUCAAGGUGGCGAGGACUCUGCCCGUGGCGCAGGCCUACCAGGACAACAUGUACCGCCAGCUCUCGCGCGACUCCCGCACCCAGGGCCCCUCGUCCCCCAUCAAACCAAAGAGACCAUUUGUGGAGUCGAACGUGUGAUGGCCUGUCCGUGGUCCGGUUGGGCUGGACUCGGGCUCGUUAGGCGGCAGGUAGAGGAGAGGCUCAACGGACGAUGCUGCGGACCCUUCACACGUGACGUGGACUCACUUAAAGAUCUCACGAGAAACAAAUCCAGAGAGAGAGACAACCACACAACCGGCACACACAUACACACUUAGGGUAUUAGACAUUAUCAUACAUGGAAAAAAUACAACUAACAGUGAAGCGGUUAUUUCAUCCUCAUACUCAAUAACAGGAGGGUCCUCACACCGAAUCAAAGACUCGUGCACUUCCAAAAAAAAACAAAAAAACGUCGAGUGGCACAAAGUUCCCACACGUGAACACAACAGGCGGGAGACGACAGUACUACUAAUAAUCGAACUCGACUGUACUCAUGGACUCUGUAUCCAAUCCUCUGUUCUUUCAAAGUGUGCUCUUAAGCAAGGUCGCUCGUAGGCUCUACUCUAUGUAAUACAAUACUCUAUGUUCAAUACUGUACAUUGCUCAGAAAAUUACAAAACUGGCUCAACAACUCAGUGCUUAGAGGAAAAAUGACAAUAUUUAUAAUUAAGUUAUAUAUUGUACAUAGAAAUAAAAAAAAACAGACCAUAGUUUUUUGCGGUUUUUUUUUUUUGUUUGUUUUUUUGAAUUGUGUUUGUGUUGAUUUCUGCCUUUGUGUCCCACUGCUAGUCACAUGGAUGUGGGGGAAACCGACCGGGAUGAGGAAGGAGGGGCAUAGACCAACUUUGAAUGACAUUAUUACCUCUAUUGUGUCAACAACAACAACAUAAAUUUAAAAAAAAAAAUGAUUGUCGUGGUUUAAUGCAAGAAAAUGUUUGUUUUCUUGAUGCUGCGACAUGCCCUCAGUGUAAACUACUGCUGCAACGAACCUUUUUUCCUUUUUUUUCAUUGUCCGUUAAUCUACAGAAUAUUUCUCCAUGAAUCUCUUUGUUCUUGUAAAAUGUCAAAUAUCCUACAGAAAAUAUGCCCAGUGUGAUUUUCACAAGGCCCAGACGAACCUCUUCAUCUGUCGACCAUCAGUCCAAAACCAACAAACAUCAAACAGGGUGAUUUUUGCCAGAAAAAUGACUGAAAUUAUUUAAAACGCUUUCCAGAUAAUUUCCUGUGAAGCCAUUAAUUAACAAAUUCAGCCCUGAGUUGAUAAACACAGCCAGAAUCGAAUGUUUCCCCGAAUACGUGCAACUUUUAAAAAGUCUGGCUUUUUUUUUAAGCUGGUGUCAAAAAAGAAAAAUCCAACUAUGGCACACGUUCCCUGCAUCAAUAAUCGCAUCAGCAUUUUCAAAACCAUUUUUCAAAUGCGUCACUUCGCCUCGUUUCUGAGGUAAAUUACCAUUUUCUGCAUUUCUCUUUUUGAAGCAUCAUCAUCCCUGUGAACCCUUUCUAUUUUAUCUGAGGUCAAUAAAACAUGUCUGCUUCAACCAUCUGCUUACAUAAAAACAAGCUCGGCGUCAGUUGCUAGAGUUUUGUACGAGCCCAUAUAUUAUCAUUUUUCAGGACUCGUAAAUCUUGUUUAGAGGACAGACUGCUGUGUAAGACAAAAAAAAAUAGGCCUUGAGUGCAAUAACUUAUGUUUAUAGUUUGAAUUCCUUUGCUACGGAAACGUCCGAUCAUCUUUACCGAAAUGAUUCUGAUGGAAAAUAUUUCUUUAAAUCCUGUGGUGGGGGAUUUUUAUCACGUGACACCUGAGUGUCAAAGUUCGCCUCUGUCCCUCCUCGGCACGUAAUGACACCGUCUGUUCAUACAGUACAUGUGCUAGUAGUGAACGGGUUUAACAUGGAUUGUGCUCAGCGACUAAAAGCAAGCAAACGCAUCCACGCCCGCUGUUCCACACGUUUUUCCACUUCCUCCUGCAUUACUCUGUGCUGUUUCUUUUUCUGUUCUUUUUACCCACAAUGCAUUUUUAACCCGCCACCUCUGCACUAAAAAUGCCUGUUAAGUUCCUAACUAAGGGUGCACUUUAUGUAUUUUACUUACCGUGUUGUCACGAUUGUUGAACUGUCGGAGAAGAGCAGGGGGUGUGUGACGGGUCAGAAUCCUCUGGCCGGUGAUACAAGACUAUCAGAGACACUUAUUAUCAUUAUUAUGAUUAUGAUAUGAUUUUAAAAAGCAGUGAUGAAUGACAAUACGAAGAGCGAACAAAGUUUUUAAGAACAGGUGAAGAUGUACAGACUUUCUAGCACAAGUUGUAUAUAUUCUGGCUCAGAUAUAUUCCACGCCGUCCAGCUCGGGGGGUUCUGGGAGUUAAGAUAAGUCUGUUUGCAAAGGGCCGGUCAUAUUUAAGUAUUGAUUUAAAAAAUUAAAAAAAUCUACAAAAAAAAAGAAAUCCAUCUCCAAACGAGCCAGUCCAAUCCACUGGUCCCGCACACGCCUUGGAAAUAAGUGGAAUCUACUGCAAAGCAAAAAAAAGCAAAGAAAAAAAGCAGACAUUUCAGUUUCCAGAGUUUGACUGAAUAAGUGGCAUAAUGAGGAUAAUCCAAGUUAUUUGUACAUGUGGGGGCGGGGGGGGGGGGGUUAUAGACCAUUUGUCUGUAACAUUUUAUUUUGGUUCUAAGAUAAAAGAAUAAAGGAACUGUCUCCCGUUCGUCCUCAGUUCCGCCUGCUACCAGAGAAUCGCCCGACACUCUUUACAGAAAAACAAAGAUGUAAAAGUGUAAGAUACUUUUAAUUUAAACGAUGAACCUCUCAGUGGAGGGAUAUUUGAGGGGGCGUGUGUGUGGUUUUAAGCUGUCUGUGUAUAUUAGUUUGCUGUAAAUAGUCUGAUUGCAUGUUCUAUUCUUUCCAUGAGCUCAAGCAGAAACAUGUAUAGCGGCGUGCUGGCUCCUGGUGUGUGUGUGUGUGUGUCUGUGUGUGAGUGUGUGUGUGUGUGUCAGAGACACACACACAGUGUUUGGAUCAAGAUAAGGAGACUGCUGUCCCUGAACUGUCCUCAUCAUUUUUCCUCAAACCUCACCAGACAAAAAAAGGGAAAGGUUCCUUUUUUUCUUUUCUUUUUUUGGUUCUUUUCCUUUUCUUUAAUGUAUUUGCUUGCUGAGCAGAGUUCUCUUGUCUGUAAAUGUGAGCUUUCAGAUCGCUGUGAUAAAAAGUUUAAUUAAAAACAAUAAAAAGAAUGUGUUUUUAUCUCAUGAUAA